AGAUGUACGUGGUCAUCUCGUACACACAGAGGGAUUUCAAUACGGCGCUGUCAGCCAAGAAGCAGACCGACUUUUACCACGCUGUCUUCAAGUUUAUAAUCAUCAUAGUCGUUGCUGCGCCCUUCUUCGCUCUCUUCGACUAUGUCCAGGAGCUGCUGUCCCUCGAGUGGCGCCUGUGGCUCACCAACCUGCUGCUCUCCAGAUACUUUGCCAACCACGCGUUUCUGGAUUUGAAGAUGGCUGGGAAACUGGACAACCCCGACCAGCGUAUCUGCGAGGAUGUGAAGCACUUUGUCAGGACGUCCCUCAAUAUUAUCAUCACGCUGAUAGAGAAGAUGAUGAACCUCGUCGCCUUCGCCUACGUACUCUGGGACAUCUCUCCCCCGCUGGUCUGGUUCCUGCUGGCCUAUGCAGUCUCAGGCACGUUUGUGGUGGUCAGAGUGUUUGGGAAGCGACUCACCUGGCUGCAGUUCCAGGGCUUUCAACGGGAGGCAGACCUGCGUUACUCCCUGGUGCGAGUGAAGGACAAUGUGGAGUCGAUCGCGUUCUACCGCGGGGAGGUCAAGGAGGAGGCGUCAGCUAAGUCCUUCCUUCAUCGCGUCGCUCUCAACGUGCGCAACCGUCUGGUGCUGCAGUUCCACCUCUCCUUCUUCACCAACCUCUACGACUUCGCCACCAUCUUCGUCCCCGCCGUCAUCGUGGCGCCGCGUUACUUCUCCGGAGCUGUGGAGUUCGGGGUGAUAUCACAGGCCAGCUACGCUUUCAGCACCAUCUACCGCGCGCUCACAGUCAUUGUUCUCAACUUCAACUCCUUCAGCGAGCUGGCAGCGGAGACAGAGCGUCUGGAGAGUCUACUCUCGUCCCUCUCCGACUUUGCAGCAGACGACGACUCGAGCAAGCUCUUUUCGCAUGCCUCCUCCCACGGCCCCUCCCACCCCCCUCACUCCCCCUCUCACCCUUCUCUCUCUAAAUCAACCACCGAAGAUCCCUCCUCUCUUUCCUCCACCUCCACACACUCUCUGGCUCUCGGUCAUUCCCUCUCUCUCCAGCCCUCCCAUACUACCUCCGCUUCCUCCUCCUCUCUCGCCCCCACCCUCACAGGGCAAAGGUUUGCCGUUCGUCACACUUCUGAAUCCUCACCUGCUCUCACAUCAGCAGCAGAAGCAUCGGCAGGCUCUGUUGUUUCAGGUGUUUUGCCAGGUGGUUCUCACGGGGAGGGUGCCCCUCUGCUGGAGUUGACUGCCAUGGGGGGAAGCGCAGGUGGUGGCGGUGCUGCUGCUGCAGCUGAAAGAGAAGCUGCUCUUAUUGAAUGCACCACUACAACAGGUCGCAUUCAGCGCAUAGAAGGCCCAUGCCUCACACUCACCUCUGUCAUCAUCCGCACCCCCAACCUCCGCCACACCCUCUACCCCUCCUCCCUCUCCUUCUCCCUCCCCCCCGGCGCCUCCCUCCUCGAGGUUUCUCUUCCAGAUUUGGCUGAACGGGUGGGUGGGCUGGCUGUGGAAUGUGACUAUUCGGACAUGCUUUCUAUGGGGGAGCAGCAGCGGGUGGCGUUCGCUCGUCUUCUUCUGCAGCGGCCGUACAUGGCGUUUUUGGACGAGGCGACGAGUGCGUUGGAUGGGCGGAACGAGGCACGGCUGUAUGGGAUGAUGCGCGAGAGGGUGAAGUCGUUUGUCAGUGUGGGACACAGGACGAGCUUGAUUAAGUUCCACACGUUGGUUCUGGCGUUUGAUGAGGAUGGCGAGGGGUGGGAAGUGGUCACUUCGGAGGAGUUUGCAAGAAGAAAAGGGCUCUGA